AUGAGAGACAUCACGGCAGACGUUGUCAUUGUCGGUGCCGGGUUUUCAGGAUGCCUAUCCCUGCAUCACAUGAGGAUCCGGGGCUUUUCUGCCAAGAUAAUCGAGGCACAGGGUGAUUUCGGUGGGGUUUGGAAUUUGAAUCGGUAUCCUGGAGUUCGAGUCGAUUGCGAAGUACCAUCCUACCAGCUUACGAGUCCAGAGAUAUUCCGGGACUUUUCUUUCAACGACUUCUAUCCAACGGGGGACGAUCUACGCAACUACUUUAAUCAUAUUGAUGAAAGAUGGAACCUUCGAGAAGACUCCAUUUUCAAUCAAAGGGUUACAGGAGCCAACUACGACGACAAAACCAAACAAUGGCGGCUCACCACAAACAAAGGAUUAACUGCCACUGCGAGGUUUGUUAUUUUCGCAGUCGGAACAACCAUCAAAGCCCACGUUCCCGAGUUUCCCAACUUGAACACUUUCCAGGGGCGGAUAAUUCAGCCGUCGUCUUGGCCAGAGCAGCUCGACUUGGAUGGAAAGAGGAUUGGAGUCAUCGGCCAAGGUGCAUCAGGUGUACAAGUAUUUGAGCAACUGGCUGGCCAAGGACAUGAUGUCACAGUUUUUGUUCGAACGCCCCCGGUGGCAGUUCCCCUGAAGAAUCGUCGAAUCACGGAAGCAGAGCACAAAGAACUCAAGACGCAACACGAAGCCAACCCCACCAGAAGCAAAUACGGCGACGAAGCAGGGUAUCCCUACAUUCCGUACCCCAAGUCUCUCCAUGAUGAAUCGCCAGCCCAGAAUCAAGCCCUUAUGGAAAAGUUGUGGAAGCAUGGCGGCGUAGGCAUCUUUGCAUGCAACUACGUUGAUGUGACGACAGACGUGGGGGCGAACAGGGCUUUCUAUGACUUUUGGGUGGACAAGACUCGGAUCAGAAUGGCGGAUGAAGUCAAGAAGAACAUCUUGGCCCCCUUGCGGAUGGUGCAGCCCCCGGGCACGAAGAGAUGGCUGACCGAGGAGAACUACUACGAGCUCAUGGAUGGAUCGAAUGUCACCCUCGUCAACCUUCUCAAAACCCCAAUCAAAGAGUUCGCUGCCAACGGCAUAGUUACGUCAGAUAUCGAAGAGGCUGCAAGCAAAACGUUGCACGAGCUUGAUGUUGUCAUUAUGGCUACGGGGUACGAUUCUCUCACCGGGAGCUUAUACGACAUGAAUAUUACCGACAAGCAUGGCCAGACGCUACAAGAGAAGUGGGCAAACGGCGUUCGCACAAGCCUUGGUAUGAUGGUCCCCGGCAUGCCCAACGCCUUUAUUUUGUACGGCCCGCAAGCACCAACUUCACUGACGACGGCGCCACCCUUUGUUGAAUUGCAAGUGGAGUGGAUUGACAAGUUAUUGGACAAGAUGGAAAAGGACAACAUUGCAAGUGUAGAGCCCACCGAAUUAGAAGCAGACGAUUGGUACCGAAAACUGCGAUCCACCUUUGAUCUUUCACUUUGUAGCAAAUGGCCCUCCUGGUGGGUUGGGUCGAAUAUCCCUGGCAAGAGACAGGAACCGCUGAUAUGGUUUGGCGGAGUGAAAGCUUGGGCGUUGGAAUACAGUGAAGCGCUCGACGACUGGUCACGCUUUCAUACUGAGUAA